ACAGAGGAGCGAGGAAAGCUGUGCCCAGCAGGUUCUGGCACUGCCUGAGCCUCAGCACCUGCUGCACAGGCCCCAGCCGGGCACCGGCCUCUCCUGGCACCUGUGGGCAGGGCACUGCCGUCGGGCCGGCCUCGGGAUGGAUGUCCCCGACGCCUCCAAGCUGCUGGAUGAGGAGCUGUACUCCCGGCAGCUGUAUGUGCUGGGCUUGCCGGCCAUGCGGAGGCUGCAGGAGGGUAAGGUCCUGCUGUCCGGCCUGCAGGGCCUGGGCGCCGAGGUGGCCAAGAACCUGGUCCUGAUGGGCGUGGGGAGCCUCACUCUGCACGACCCGCAGCCCACCUGCUGGGCGGACCUGGCUGCCCAGUUCUUCCUCUCGGAGCGGGACUUGGCAAGGGGCAGGGCUGAGGCAUCUCAAGAGCGAGUGGCCAAGCUCAACGGAGCCGUGCAGGUCUGCGUCCACACAGGCGACAUCACCGAGGACCUGCUGCGGCACUUCCAGGUGGUGGUGCUGACGGCCUCUGACCUAGAGGAGCAGCUGGCGGUGGGCCGCUGGUGCCGCAAGCACGGAGUCUGCUUUCUGGUGGCCGAUACCCGGGGCCUGGUGGGGCAGUUGUUCUGUGACUUUGGGGAGGACUUCACGGUUCAGGACCAAACAGAGGAGGAGCCCCUGACCGCUGCCAUCCAGCACAUCUCCCAGGGCUCCCCGGGCGUUCUCACUCUGAGAAACGCGGCCGAGGCCCACUACUUCCACCAGGUGGGCUCGGUGACUUUCUCAGGGAUUGAGGGCAUGAGCGAGCUCAACGGCUGUGCGCCCCGGCCCAUCCGCGUGCAGGAGGACGGGACCUUGGAGAUUGGGGACACAGCAACUUUCUCCUGUUACGUCCGUGGCGGAGCUGUCACUGAGGUCAAGAGACCCACGACUGUGAGCCAUGCGCCCCUGGACGCAGCCCUGCUGCAGCCCUGCGUGGUGGCCCAGAGUCCCCAGGAAGCUCGCCGCGCCCGCUGCCUGCACCAGGCCUUCCGUGCGCUGCACAGGUUCCGGCAGCUCAGAGCCCACCCGCCCCGGCCCUGGGAUCCGGCCGAUGCAGAGGAGGUGGUACGCCUGGCCCAGGCCCUGGAACCCCUGAGGGGGGCAGAGGGAGAGCGAGAGGGAGAGCCGUGGGAGGAGCCGCUGGAUGAAGCGCUGGUGCGGACCGUCGCCCUGAGCAGUGCCGGUGUCUUGAGCCCCAUGGCAGCCAUGCUGGGCGCAGUGGCCGCCCAGGAGGUGCUGAAGGUGGGUGCGGGCCCAGGCAGAGGGAGCUGGGAGGGACGCAGAGGUCGCUGUGAGUGCCAGCGGGUGCCCCACGCCAGACAGUGGCCCUGGAGGUUCACAGCCUGGUGUAGCCCCCACCCGGAUUCGAGGGCUUCGAUGGUGGCAAGCAUCCUGACGUGCGGCCUCCAGGCUCUCUCCAGGAAGUUCCUGCCCCUGGACCAGUGGCUGUAUUUUGAUGCCCUUGACUGCCUCCCGGAAAAUGGGGAGCUCCUUCCCAGCCCUGAGGCCUGCGCACCGAGAGGCUGCCGCUACGACGGGCAGAUCGCGGUGUUUGGGGCUGGUUUUCAGGAGCAGCUGAGCCACCAGCACUACCUCCUGGUGGGUGCUGGUGCUAUUGGCUGCGAGCUGCUCAAAGGCUUCGCCCUCAUGGGCCUGGGGGCUGGGACCGGUGGGGGCGUGACCGUGGCCGACAUGGACCACGUGGAGCCCUCCAACCUCAGCCGGCAAUUCCUCUUCAGGGCCCAGGACGUUGGGAGGCCCAAGGCAGAGGCAGCUGCGGAGGCCGCUCGCCGCCUGAACCCAGACCUGCAGGUGACCCCGCUCACCCACGCUCUGGAUCCCACGACAGAGCGCCACUACGGGGACAGCUUCUUCUCCCGCGUGGACGGUGUGGCGGCCGCCCUGGACAGUUUCCAGGCCCGGCGCUAUGUGGCUGCUCGCUGCGCCCACUACCUGAAGCCGCUGCUGGAGGCGGGCACGCAGGGCACCCGGGGCAGCGCCUCCGUGUUUGUGCCCCACGUGACUGAAGGCUACAGGGCUCCGGCCUCCGCUGCUGCCCCCGGGGACGCCCCCUACCCUGUCUGCACCGUGAGGCACUUCCCCAGCACUGUGGAGCACACCUUGCAGUGGGCCCGGGAGGAGUUCGAGUGGCUCUUCUGCUUGUCUGCCGAGACCAUCAACUGCCACCAGCAGGCCCCGCUGCAGACGGUGGGUGUCCUGAGACACCGUCCACGGAGCUGGCAGGACUGUGUGGUGUGGGCCCUCGGCCACUGGCAGCUGUGCUUCGGCUACGGCAUCGCACAGCUGCUCAGGCGCCACCCCCCUGACAAAGUGCUUAAGGAUGGAACACGUUUCUGGUCGGGUCCCAGGCGGUGUCCUCAGCCCUUGGAGUUCGAUGCCAGUCAAGACACGCACCUCCUCUACAUGCUGGCGGCGGCCAAUCUGUACGCUCAGAUGCAUGGGCUGCCGGGCUCACGGGACCCGUCUGCGCUCAGGGAAAUGCUGGAGCUGCUGCCGCGGCCUGACCCCCAGCACCUGGACCCUAUCCUUUCUGGUGACCUGGCUUCCCCUGAGCUGGACCCCCAGCAGGAGGCGCAGCUGCACGAAGCCCUGCAAGACUGGAGCGAGGGCUCCCCCCUGGAGCCGCUGAGGUUUGAGAAGGACGAUGACUGCAACUUCCACAUGGACUUUGUGACAGCGGCAGCAAGCCUGCGGGCUCAGAACUAUGGGAUCCCGGCGGCCACCCGCGCCCAGAGCAAGCGGAUCGUGGGCCAGAUCAUCCCAGCCAUCGCCACCACCACAGCGGCUGUGGCGGGCCUGCUGGGCCUGGAGCUCUUUAAGGUGGUGGGCGGCCCCCGGCCCCGCAGUGCCUUCCGCCACAGCUACCUGCGCCUGGCCGAGAACUACUACAGCCGCUACGUGCCCUGUGCCCCCGCCCUCCAGACGUUCCACCACCUGACCUGGACCUGCUGGGACCGCCUGAAGGUGUCCGCCGGGCAGCCCGAGAGGACCCUCCAGUCACUCCUGGCCCAUCUCCAGGAGCAACAUGGGCUGCGGGUGAACAUGCUGCUGCUGGGCAAGGCCCUGCUCUACUCGGCGGGAUGGUCGCCUGAAAAGCAGGCCCAGCGCCUGGGCCUCAGGGUGACAGAGCUGGCACAGCAGGUGACAGGCCGGCGGGUGCCUGAGCCUGGGCAGUGGGUGCUGGCUCUGGAGCUCGGCUGUGAGGGCGAGGAGGACAGCACCGCUUUCCCGCCCCUACACUACGAGCUGGGACCUGGCAGCGGCUGCUCCACCCCAUCGGGCCCUGCGCGGGGCCCACAGUAGGUGCUCAAUAAACGCUGCUGAAGGAAGUCGCAAACUCAGAGGCUGGGUGACGGAGCCUGGGCAUGGGUGUGUUGAGGGCGCACAGGGACCCCUGGAGGGGGAGGCUCUUUAGACUCGCCUGCCCGAGCUGUGCCUGGAGGGCUGGGGCCGCCUCCCAGAGACUCGCUGUGGAAUCAAGAACAGUCCAGAGCAGCCAUGGGCAAACUACGGCCCGCAGGCCAUAAAACUAAAAAAAAAAAAAAAAAAGACCGUACCCUUUUA